UCACCACCAUACCCCCAAAGAAGGGUUUUGAUCACUGCCAUACCCCAUACCAGCAUUCUGAUCACCACCAUACCCCAUAGCAGGGUUUUGAUCACUGCCAUACCCUAUAUCAGCAUCCUGAUCACAGCCAUAACCCAUACCAGUGUCCUGAGCCCCGCCAUACCCCAUACCAGCGUCCUGAUCAUCGCCAUACCCCAUAUCAGCGUUCUGAUCACCACCAUACCCCAUACCAGGGUUUUGAUCACUGCCAUACCCUAU